AUGGCCAACAAACACGGCUCUACCACUCCUCCACCGCCCACCCGCAUCCGCACUCCGCCAACUCCUCGCCUCGGAUACCAGGACAACUGGGAGCCUUUUACUCCUCGCAAAUCCGCACGAAUUUCAUCACAACGAACAAGAUCUCCUUCACCCGGCGCAUCACAUCGUCAAAUUCAAUCACCGCAUACUGUCAAAAAAUCAAACAAGCAUUUGAGCGCUGCCAUCGCUUCUCCCUUGCCGCAUAAGAAGCGCAUGCCCGCCAGCGAUUUCGUUCGUCGCGCAACAGAAAAUAUGCAGGCGGAAACUUCUCGCGAUGGUGCGAGCCGUCGCACUCAUGAGCGAUCUACCUCUUCCGCUACUGGAGCCGCUGGCAUGCUUCCUACACCAUCAAAGACUCCUCAAAAACCACCCACAGAAAAGAAAACCGCACAUAUCAAAUCAGUCGCCCGCAACCUUUUCAGUUCCGAUGCCGAUGAAGCAAAUUUGACUCCUAGGAAACGAGCUUCCAAGAAGUACACCGGCAUCUCGAUGGAGAGCUUUUCCGUGGAAGAGGUCGAGGAGCCUAUUGAGAUCUUUACCGAUACCCGUGAUCGAGUACCUGUUCGAGAUGAGAGUCAAGAGAAUCCUUUCCUUAUAUCGGAAAACCCAUUCUUCAGCGAUGCACCGCGACCUGAGACUACUAAACGUCACGACAAGCGCAAGGUCAAGGUUCCUGGAGAAGGCAUCAAGACUGUUGACGAUCUUGCUGAUCGCAAAGAUGGCAUGGUGUACACCUUCCGUGGAAAGAGAUUCUUCCGCAAGUGGUCUGAGCAAGAGAUGGAUGAUUUUGAUGACCUUCAAGCCGCGGAAGAGGAUCCCGAGGCUCAUCUCAACCGUCCAUUGACUCGAAGUUCCGUAAAACCUCGUCUUCUGUUCCAAAAUGACAAGACGGAUGAGCAGAUAGAGGAAGAGGAGGCUGUUACUGACGUCGAGGAAAACGAGGAGCCACAUUUCCCAGAAACCCCAUCCGCGUCUAAGCCAGAGCGCGCUUGCACUCCUGAAGCGCCCAGGUUUGCUCCCGCCUCACCACCUUCUACUCGACGAGUCACUCGAUCCACCAACAAGUUGCCUGAUGAAGGUACUCCUAUUAAGCCACCUGGAAAGCGAAGCCCCUUCGACUCUUGGCGACGAACCAAGGAAGGUGUCGUGAAAUCACCAUCGCGCAAACGCUCCGCAGACAGCGUCGACACUAGGGAGUCUAAGCGUACCCGCAUCUAA